UUGUAGCCAUCCAAAACAAAUCUGAAACCAUCUUCACUUUUCACUUUACCUUUGAAGUCUUCUUCUUUACUCGCAGUUUAAUUCUCUUUCGUUGAACAUCCAAAGAACAAGAAAUUAAGGAGAACAAUGGAUCGCUUUUGGACUUUGAUGUCUUUUCUUCACUCACUAGCUGGGCCUUUGAUUAUGCUACUCUACCCAUUGUAUGCUUCAGUGAUGGCAAUAGAGAGCACAUCAAAAGUGGAUGAUGAGCAGUGGCUUGCUUAUUGGAUCUUAUAUUCAUUUCUUUCUCUUAUGGAGAUGCUAUUCCAACCCAUUUUAGAAUGGAUACCAAUAUGGUAUGAUGUGAAGCUAGCAUUGGUGGUAUGGUUGGUUAUGCCUCAAUUCAGAGGGGCAGCUUUCAUAUAUGAAAGGUUUGUGAGAGAGAAAAUCAGGAAAUAUGGAAGACUAGGUGGUGGUGGUACUACUACUGGUCAUCAUCACAAGUCUUCUUCUCCCAAUGUAAACCUCAAGAAUAAGUUUGUAGACUUCAUGGCCCACAAGAAAGGAGAGCACGAGGAUUCUUAAAGAAGAAAGGAGCUACCAUUGGAAGACGCAGUUUUGAGCUGGUUUUAAUUUGCUUGUUUCCAUAUCAUUGCCUUUUGCUUUUAGUUUUGGAACUUUGGUGGUUGGGUUUGUUGUACCAAUUUUCAAAAGAUGCAUAUGGUGGUCUACAUCUUUAUACUUUGUACAAGCCAUCCUUAAGACCAGUGUAACCUCUUAUAUCUUUAGGGUUCAAUCACUAGUGUGAAUUUGGAAAUUCCAAUACCGGAGUUAUUGAUCCA